CCAAACCGCGGCACCGGACAGAUCUGCUUUUUGCGCUGGCAGCCAGUCUCUACCGAUCUGUUUCCAGUGUUGCUGAGCACGGACGAGCACCGGGAAAGUCGGGAAACGGAACGGGACCGGUAAGACGAGCCGCUUUUCAUUGCCUCUGCUGGACCUCGACUGCCUGCCCACUUCACAGCCUAUAUCAAGGUAUGAAACGUCCGUUCAGCCCAUCAGCUCUGCCGAACGCCGAGCUGGACAGGAGGGGCUUUGGCACCACGCGAGGAGUUCAGAUGGACGUCGAGCCUAGUUGCGGCACCCAGGAUGAGGGUGCAGUACCUGAUGAGCAGUCACCAGGGGGCGCGCUGCCUUCUGCACUCUGCAGACCCAAAAGGGAGAGGAAGCAGCGGAGCUACACAUUGUGUGAGGUCUGCAACAUCCAGCUCAACUCCGCCGCACAGGCCCAAAUUCACUACAAUGGCAAAUCCCACCAGAAGAGACUCAAGCAGAUCAGCAAUGGCAAGAUGCCAAGCAAAACAGGUACAUCAGCCCAGGGCAGCCCCCUUCUGGCUUCCCUCCCUGUCCCAGGACGGCCUCUGCAGCCUCAGCUCAACCUCAAAAACCUUCUGCCCUUCAGACUCAACGGAUCCUCCCCCCUCAGCCUCUUCCCCAACUUCAAUACGAUGGACCCUGUCCAGAAGGCAGUGAUCAACCACACAUUUGGUGUCCCUCAGCCCCUCAAGAAGAAACAGAUUAUCUCCUGCAAUAUUUGCCACCUGCGAUUUAACUCAACGAACCAAGCAGAAGCCCACUAUAAGGGCCACAAGCACGCCCGGAAACUCAAAGCCAUGGAGGCACAGAAGAACAGGCAGCGACGAGCUGGGGAGGCCUCAUCCAAAGGGAGGGAGAGAGACCGGCAGCGAGACCGGGACAGGAGCAAGACAUCGACAUCCGAGGCAGCUCUUCCUGCACUCAUGGAUACAAGCUUAGUGGAGGGAACAAGUCUAGCCAACCCGGAGGCGAAGCUCGAGGAGAGUCCCAGGAGCUCAGUUAUGCUGACGCCCGUAUCAGAGGUUUCCUCUGUCGAGUUAGUCACCCUCUCCCCACCUCAGAUUUUGCCUUCCUCACAGCUCUCUGAAACUGCCUCAGACACCAGCGCCCCCGAAGUCCCAGAGGCCACCGACACCGCAGGCCUGACUACUGAGUCAGGCAGCCACGCGGACACAUCCAGCACAAAUGGGGAGCCACACGCAGAUGAGGACAAGGAGCCCAAGAAGAGCAAGGCUCACCUCCAUUGUCCUGUUUGCAAAGUGACAGUCAACUCCGUCUCCCAACUGGAAGCACAUAACAGCGGUACAAAGCACAAACUGAUGCUGGAAGGUCACAGUGUUCUGCCACGGCGCAGGGGGAAGGUGGUGUCGGCUCGUGCUGGGUGCAAGAGCAAGCGGCUGGGCAGCAAAGGCAGCAUCGGGGUGCCCAGCAAGAACUUCCAGUGUGAAGUGUGUGAGAUCUUUGUGAACUCUGAGACCCAGCUGAGCCAGCACAUGAAUAGCAGAAGGCACAAGGAUAGGCUGGCCGGAAAACCACCCAAACCCAAAUUUACCCCCCACAGCAAGAGCCAGCCAAGCUCCAGCUUAGCGAACGUGAGAUGGAGUGGCUAUGCAGGCGUGGCUGUGUCUGCCAUGAAGAAAGCGUUCAGCCAGUACAACCUCACCUCCCUCUCCUCGCAGACCAAACUGGCCUUGCAGAAGCAGCUGACCAAGAGCUUGACAACUGGCUUCCUGCCCAGUCCCCUCACCCCGCCAGCUCUGUGCACAGUGGCAACUAACCCACUGGCUCUGCGUCACCCAGUGAGCACCACCACCUUCAUCCAGACCCCCUUCCUGGGCCCUGCACUGUUUCGGCCUGCCCCGGGGCCUCUGCGGGCCACACACACACCCAUCAUCUUCUCCCCCUACUAAAGACUUAACCCACUUCCCAUUUGAGCUCCUCCCCCUGUCCCCUUACCAAACCCCAGGCACAACUUUAGUGUGACCCACAUGACAAAAAGGCCACACGCAAACUAUGCAGCCCGCCUGACUUAAGAUGGAAACAGUACACAAGUCCUGACGCUCAGUAGGCCACGAGGCCUGAGAGCUGUUCCUAUGAUAAAGGCCAAGAUCCCCUAUCAUGCCUUCUCUCUGCUCCUCUUAUCAUGACCUUAGGAGCAGGACAGGCCUCCAGACAGUGACUGGUGCACAGAGGCCACUUUUAUAGCCAUUUCAUGGGUCGACAUGGUUUGGAUUAUGGAUAUUAUUGUGUAAUUUAUUAGAGAACAAAUAUAGACGAGUCUAGAUGUAUGUUUAGUGUGGUUGCCACAAAAUAAGGUCCCUUUACUUGAUGCUCCUCUAAAAUGUUUUUAACUUAUUGGUUUUGGGGUUUUAUGAAAGGCGGGAGGGUCACACAGUAGGUCAUUGAAACAGCUGAAACCGAGGUACACUCCUGUAAACCAGUCUCACUGAUGGUGUGUUUUCAACCAACAAACAUAAAGGAUAAUCUGCAGUCAAAUGCUGUCACAUUGCAUCUUGGAUAUGGCCAUUAUAUAACAACUCUUUGAACGAGUACCCCCCUCUCACCUUUAAACUCAUGGGAGGCAAAUAUGAGUCCUCUUUUUUGGCCAGUAUGUGGAUCUAUAACUACAUACUGUAUAUCCAAAUGCUAAAGCCCCAUCAGUACCAUUUUGCACCUCCAGCCUUCUCACUAACACUUUCCCUCAACCCUUAAAAACAUUUCUUCCUCUCUUUCUUUCUGAGUCACAGCUAUAGUCAUAGUCCUCAAGAUUUUUUUUCCUUUCCUGUAUCCCCAGGAUUAAGCACUCAUUAAGGUCCAGAAAAGGUCAGCUUGUCAACUUGACUUCGUUUCAGUUUGCAAAUCUGUCCUCAGAAUGAUUUUUCUGGUCCAGUGCAUAAUUCACGCAAUGCAGCUUGAACAUUAUGUUCCUCGCCAAGCUAGCGGCAUGAAAACAUUUUUGAAGCUAUGGAGGUCUUACAUUGCAGAACGCCAUCAUUUCUCUCCCCCUCGUGACGGCUCUUUGUCCUUUCCUUCCUCCUCGCCCUGCUGUCGUCACCUCGCUGUUGCCCGUCAUUUUCUCUGGCGUUAUCAGCGUGAGAUGUAGAGGAGCGGGGAAAGCCUCCCCGCGAACACGCACGCACACUCCAUCACACGCAUAAUGAAAACACAAUGGGCGACUUGAAGACUUGAUGGGAUUUCAGAGCUCUGCGAAAAGUUUGGAUGACAGUGGGUGGGGAGGCUGCUCAGCCAGUACUAGAUUGACAUGCUGUUGCAGUGUCUGGGUACAGUGUGGGAGGGAACAAAGAACAGCGCCAUGGCAACCACAUUAAAAGCACCUUAAAACUGAUUUAUUUACAAAAGCAAUGAAAAUUGUGUUGAUAUUCACCUUUUUUGCUGUAGGUGUAUGUUUUUACAACCCCAUGUCAAUUUCAGUUUGAAUUUCAUUUUGGAAAAAUAAAGAACAAUCAGGUGAGAAUGAUCACUUUACAGUUUAUCCAUGACUAAGAUUAGUCUCACGUUUAAAGCAAUACAUUCGGUAUGUUUAUGUUUAUGAUGUGAUUUCAGUGUGCCAGUGGCUUUAUCUAUUCUAUACUGUACACACCUGUAACAAUGUAUGAUGUACUCCAACACAGCCAAGGGCCAACUCCGAAUUGUGAGCGAAGAGUCAUCUGAAAUGAUGGCUGGUCCUGACGGCGCUGUCCUUGAUGCUUGAUGCUCAUGGUCAGUCUUCACAUGUUUUGACUCCGGGCUGAGCCGUUCCAUUUAUAGCUGCUCUCGCGCUGCGGAGAGUGUGCUUCAGCGCCGUGUGACAUUGCUGUUUUCACUUUUUAGUGGAGCCGGCGAACUUUUCUAUGACUUCCACUGAGCAAAACAAUGUUACGUCAGAGACAAGUGUUUGGGAUAAUUGUCACAAGUGCAACAUCAAAUGUCAUAUUGCUGUUCAUGCUCGU